AUGAUUGCUCAAGGACUGUUCGAUGUGGAGCCCAUGCUCCCACCUCUCCGACCCAUGAGAGAGUUUUUUGCAUACACUUCUCUGACUCAUCAUACAACUCCACUCAGUCGUAGAAUAUUAGAUUCACUCACCUUCUAUCAAACAAAUUAUUUACUCAUUAAUAUGAUUGUUUUGGUGAUUUGCUUGAUGAAUUCAUAUUUGAUUUUUGUGGUGGCUCCGUUGGUGUUUAGCUUGUUCUUCUUUUUAGCUUACCAUAAAUCAGACUUUGUUGCGUUCGGUCGUAUUAAAGUAACAAAGAAUUUGGCCAUCAUCGCCUGUUUGGCAUCUUUACUUUUGAUUGUGCUAUUUGCUGCUAAAUAUUCCAUACUAUUCAUGGGUUACGUCUUUACUGUAAUUGUUGUAUCUACACACAGUGCACUCACUGAUCGAAAGAGAUCUCAACCAACAGUCAAUCAUGCAACAGCGAAUAGAAUCUUUGACCCCGAAGAAAUUAUUAGACGAGAUGAGAUGCAAAGAAGCUAUCAAGGUAUUGGUAGCGGUUAUUCACAAGCAAGUAAUACCUAUGGAGGAUUUUCAACAAGCAAUCGAUUCAACACUGCUGUUCCAAGCAGCACCAUCAACUCUUAUGAACCACCAUCUUCCACUAAUUCCACGAUCGAUGAACAACAACAACAAUCCAUGGGUGAUUCAAGAGCAAGCCGUGAAGAAAGAAAAGAAAAGAUUAAACAACAAGCUAGACAACGUAUUAAGGAGAAUUAUGGAUUAGAAUAA